GUAAAGCAGCGGUUGUUUAUGAAGAUAAAAUGGAAAGCCCGCACGAGCAUCAGCAGAACCUGCUGCUAUCGCGCAUCAUCACCAAUGUGGAAAAACUGAAUGAAGCGGUUGUUGUGAUGAACAAGAGCCUGCAGGAGAUAAACGUCCAAAACAUGAACGUUGAGCUCGUCGCGCAGAUGUUUAAAAACUACCAGUCCAAUGUCCUAUUCCAUCUAGAAGCAACUGAUAACCUGAAGCCUCCGUCAUGAGAAAUGCUGGCGCAAAGUUGUUUGACAUAAGGGGAGUGGCUAGUAUGACGGGAAGCAUGGAGAGACAGGCUACAUACGUUCAAGAUACCUGUAAUGCGCGAUGCAUAUAACACAAACAAAAAGAAGAAGAAAAAAAUAAUAAAAAAUUAUUAACAAUUUU